AAAUAUUGAUAUGGCUUUUAUUACGUUUGCAUAGAGGAGUUAAGUGUGGGAGAGCCAACCUUCAGCACGAAUGGUCGGCUCGACCGGAGUGAUACCACGGCCUCACAGAAUACCGGCGUGAAACAACCACAGCGUUGUGUUUCGCCGUGUGAGUGAGGUUACCAGAGGCCCAAUCCCUCCCCUCCCCCAAACCCUCCUCAAUCCCUUAAUCUCCAAAUCCCUAAUCUCUAAAAGGUCGGCAACGCACUCGUAACUCCUCCGUUGCGAGUGUACAUGGGCGGCGCUGAUUGCUUACCAUCAGGUAAUCCGUCUGCUCGUUUGCCGACCUAUAACAUAAAAAAGGUCGAGCAAAGUAUUGUCAGGGAUUUUUCAAUUCAACUCAAGAUGAUCGACGGCAGCCGGUCUCGCGCUAUGCUUAAGUUCAGGCCAUGGGGCGAAGCGAGAGGAAUCGGGAAGCCGUCUUCUCCUUCUCCGAAGCAGUAUUGCCAGAUAAAGAGGAAGCAGCCUCAUAUUCCACUUAGCUCUAAACCUCAGCACGGAGCAGAAGAAACAUUAAUAUCUGAAGCAUUCCCACUGGAAUGCCUAACCAACUUUAAAUUUUCAAAUUCCGCUGGUGUUGCGGGUGUCCAUGGGCGGCGCUAAUUACUUACCAUCAGGAAAUCCGCUUGCUCAUUAGCUGUCCUAUCAUAUAAAAAAAAAUUU